AUGUCGAAAGGCAAACUUAAGGAGAUCGAGAUCGAGUCAGGUGUUCCCGGUAUUGAGCUCACGGAAGGGAGAGCGGUAGUGCAUCUGAGGAAAGAUCAGGGUGUUUUCUACAAUCCAGUGCAAUGCUUCAACCGUGACAUCAGCACGGCCGUGAUCAAUGAGCACCUCCGGCAGAGGAAAGAGUUCAUUAUCGAAAAUAACAAAACCACAUGGGAUCCUCAAGCAUCAAUUCUCGAGGCCCUGGCAGCGUCCGGUCUGCGCUCAAUUCGGUACGCGCUCGAGAUAGACUCAGACGUCGUGAAGGAGAUCGUGGCGAAUGACAUCUCAAAAAGCGCCGUCGAAUCGAUUAGAAAAAACGCCGAGCUGAAUUCGGUCAGCGACAAAAUCAGACCGAAUCUUGGCGACGCCAUAUUGUACAUGCACCAAUCAAGAGCUGAAAAUAGGCUCUUCGACGUCGUCGACCUCGAUCCAUACGGUUGCGCCGCGAAAUUCCUCGAUCCUGCGGUCCAAGUCGUUCAGGGGGGAGGUCUCAUUUGCGUGACGGCGACGGAUAUGGCGAUCCUUUGCGGAAAUUCCCCCGAAACCUGUCGAGCAAAGUACGGCUCCAUCCCGUUGAAGUCGAAGUUCUGCCACGAAAUGGCGCUCCGAAUCUUGUUAUGCAGCAUUGAGUCGGCUGCGAAUCGUCACGGAAGAUACAUCAUUCCCCUGCUCUCCCUAUCGGUUGAUUUCUACAUCCGAGUGUUUGUCCGGAUCGAGACUUCGGCAAAGACCGUGAAGCAUUCCAGUUCAAAGAUGGCACUAGUCUAUUGUUGUAACCACUGCGAGAAUUUUCAUCUGCAACCGAUGGGAACGGUCGUCACCGAGGCCAAUAGAACCGGAUUCAAGAACGCCAGAGGGCCCCCGAUAGGCUCGCAUUGUGAGAAUUGUGGAUCGACGUUCACUUUGGGAGGUCCAAUCUAUACGGAUCCAAUACACAAUAAGGAUUUCGUGUCCCGUCUGCGAGCAUCUCUCAGAGGAGCAACGCAGCUCGAGACAACAGAUCUGCCGAAUUUCGAGGCCAAUCGGAACUCAACCGAUGAAAUCAUCCCUCUGAGGGGCGACGUGAAACAAGAUCCAGCUAGCAAAUUUCAGACUCUGCGCAGAAUGCAAGGAAUGCUCAGCGUAGUCUCCGAAGAAUUAUCCGACGUCCCCUUGCAUUACGCUCAGGAGAAACUAUCACAGGUUCUCCGGACAAAUUCCCUACCUAUGUUGAAACUGAGGUCUGCCUUGCUCAACGCAGGCUUCAGAGUCAGUUCUUCUCAUACAAACAGAUCAUCAGUGAAAACAGACGCACCUCAGGACGUAGUCUGGGACAUCAUGAGACAAUGGGUGAUCGAUCAGAACAAGGACAAGCCUAGAGACCCGCCAGCCGCGAUGGUUAUCUCGCGACCCAUCAAAACCAGGGUGAAUUUCACCGAGAGACCCGACGCGAUCGCGCCGUCGAUGAAGGACAAGACUCUAAGGUUCCAAAUUAACCCAGAGCGAAACUGGGGUCCAAAAGUCCGCGCAACUGCCAGGGACGACGUGGAGGAAAAACGGAAACGCCUACAAGGAAAGAAGAAGAAACGCAGAGAAGGUGCUCAGGCGAAGGGCGAUCACGGAGCGUCCCUCGCUUCCUCCCUGGACGAGGGAGAUGAUCUACACAAUCAGCUGAAGAAAUCUCGACAUGAAGAGGAGGUCUCUGUUGAGACCAAGGGCAAGACCCUCUGA